CAUUGAAAGAUGAGAUUCCUCGCAUCCAUGUGAAAGGCGCGUGUUUGGAAAAACACACAAGCUAGGUGGGCAUUUAUGCCGUUGUUAGGUGACGGUGCAUACGGUUACAGUAUAUUGCAGGUAUAUACAGUCUGCAGGUAUACGCAGAUCAUUUUGAGUGAUUGAUUGCUUUUGUUCUGUGGGGAACGAACUCCUGAUGGACCAUGAGAUUCAUCUGAUGAUGGAAGAAGAGCGCAGUCGGACUAAAGAGCGUCUGGAGGUCAGUUUGGCGUGGCUGUGUGAGCUCGAUAUAUUGAAGCAGCGGCAGGAGAGCCUCGUUCUGGGCGCCCUGGCGCUCGGGGACACAGUGCCGGGGUUCCCGACGUGGGGUGAUGUCGGUCCGGCCCGCAGCAGCAGAGAGCACGAGCAGUUGACUCUACGGCGCCAACUGAACCGGCUCCAGGACGCCCCCAGCCUGCUGAUACUGGCACUGCAAGAGCAGCUCAGUGAGUUGAGCGUGGAUACAGGACUCACAUGUGAGCAAAAUACAGAGGAGGAACUGGACAGCCCCAGUGCAUCCAGCUCAGGUUUUUAUGAGCAAAGUGAGUGUCUGUCUCCUUCACUGCGUACUUGUUCCUCUCCAUACUUUGCUGUCCCCAGUCACAGGCCCAGAUCUGUGGAUGCCUACAUGCUGGACUGGGAGGGUCAUAUGGAGCCCCCAAUACAUACCACCCUACCCCGCUCAUUUUCUGCCCCUUACCCCCCUUUAGAGGGUAUCGCUGAGGGAACAGAGGAGGAAGAGGAUGAUGAAGAUAGCACUCAAUGGGCCACAGAUCCGAGGGAGGAGUUUGGUUCAUUGUCUGUUGAGGACGAAAGCCUUACACCCGAGUUAAGUCUCACCGAAGAUGCUACAGUAAAAACAGAUGAUGGCCCAACAGCAGAGGACAUCCAGCGGGCCAUGCGUGUAGAAACAUACAUCCUGACCCUCCUGCAGCGUCGACACCACAGGGCGAUCUCUGAACUCAACUCUGAUCUUAAUCUGUGGCAGUACCCAUACCAGGAAAGUUACCCAGACCAACUCAAACAGCAUGAAUGGGCUCCCCUCUCAGAGAAUGAGAACCAGGAUGAUGAUCCCCAAGAGGGAUGUUACAUGAACCUUCUUAAUUCCCAGACUGGACCAACUUCACUCGACAGCGAGAAUCCAGAGUCCUCCUUGGAGAUGGAUCAAUAUGGAGUCGCAGAUGUCAGCUCCAGCACUGACGAAACCGACUCACCUCAGCAUCAACGUGGUUAUUUUGAAUGCCACCCCACUAUGUUGGACACCACGAAACCACAUAUUCACACCUGUUGCAAUCAGACCUGCUCAGCUAUGCCCCGUGAGCAACACCAGCUUCUUGCUUCUCCUCAAGACUGGGCUCUUUUUCGCUCUCUAACAAGAAGUUCAAAAGAAAGGUGGACGUCUAGAGGAAACGGACACACCAGCACUACCAGUCGUUCUCGGUCAGAGGAUGGUUCUUCCUCUCAAGGAUGGGCCACCUUGGCAGAGCACAAAUAUUUUACAGUGGGACGGGACAAGGACAGGCAACACGGUGACACAUUUUCUACAUCCAGUCAGCGGCUCUGGUGCUCCUCGGCCGAUGUCAGUCAAGAGGAGAACGAGGGAGCUUAUAGAGCGGAGGUGCGUGAAAGCAGACACAACCAUGCAUCUGGACACAGUUUUGUUCAGUUAAUGAAGCAGGAUCAGAGGGUAGGGAAGGGGUUGGAGAGGGCUGUUGAGCCAACCGAUGGUUCUGACUCCAGUCUGAGUGGGACUUUCUCCCCAGGGUCCAGUUCGGCAUCUAGCGAUUCAGACGAGAGUGGAGGGCUUGUCUGGCCUCAGCAAUUGCCCCCUCGCUUGCCCCCGUCUUCUUCCAACCAAAAUCCCUCCAAUUCUGUGGUCAAGAUUAAAGCCUCGCACGCACUAAAAAAGAAGAUCAUGCGCUUUCGCUCAGGAUCUCUUAAACUCAUGACCACUGUCUGAGUCGUCAAAGGAAUACAUAAACAUCUAUGCCCACUUCAUAGCACUUGCUGAGUACUGUGGAUCACAUUUUUGCCAUACUUGAAGAGUUCAUCUAAGGGUGUUUUAUACUUUUAAACAGAAAUUCCGAAUGUUCCAGAAAUUCAUAUUGAGUGGAUGUAAGGGAUCUCAUAAAUCUAAACUUGUCUUCAUAUCUCAUAAGAGAAAUUACAAAGAGAUGUCUUUUAUAUCUUAUUGUUCCUCCUAGAUGGUAUUGAGAUUAAAUGGAAAGCAGAUAGAACAUUUUGGAUGUUUCUUGCAGGUCCUGAAAAACCCAUCAGAAAACUUUCACAUCUUCAUAUCUGAAAUCCAUUAAAUUUUAAUAUCCCAAACAUUUCACCUCAAAUAGAUCCAAAACCAGAUUAUCCAAGCUAUAAAAUCCGCAAUAUUCUUUUAAAUUUUUUACAUCUAUUUUAACAAUAGUCUCAUUUGCAUGAAUUUCUAUUUCUCCUAACCAAUUUCUUUUUGGAGAAACACCUGAUACAAAGUUGAUGCUUAAAGAAGUCGUUGCUAAGAAGAAUGUUGUUUUGUGCUUUUGGUGUAAUGCAAUGUGUUUACUUGGUUUUAGGGUUAAAACACAUUAUUUUUCACUAACCACAUAUAAGUCCUGCCUUUCUGAAACACAUUAGGUGUGUUCGAUUUCAUGCGGCGCUGCUCAGACCGAUCGGCGGCUGACUUGAAGCAGUGCAUGCCGGUUAGUAAUUUUUUCCGACUUGUGCUGGCGCAGAAGGCACGUGACUUUGUCAUAUGGUUUUAAAGUACCGCGAGAGCGCUUCGAGAGUAGCCAGCUAGCUCAGCCAGCGCAGCCUCUCCAAAGCGGCUGCACAGAGUUCCGACGACGACACAGCUUGUCGUGAUUGGUCGCCUCAUUAAUGACAACGAUCAUGUGGUUUUCAUGUUUAAUCCAACCUUCAGUUCAACGAGUAAACAUUAUAAAUUCAUGUUUUUAUAAGAUGAAGAAACACGUGUAUAUACAUAAAUAUGUUAUAUUGUGUAAAAUAAAAAGAAGCAACAUACCAAACUAUAUUGGUAUUUUAAUAAUGUAGGCCUGUUUCCUGUUAUUUUUGGACAUACAGUAUAAACAGCAAUUAAAAUAUUCAAUAUAAAAUGUUUCUGGUUGCAAAUGUAUUUUAAAAGGUUUGUUUUUCACAAAUUAACCAUCUAAUUAAAUUAAUUCGCGAAAAAUAAAAGGAAACACGGCAAACACGUCACCAGGGCAAGCAGCAGUGAUGGGUCGGUCUUCAACUUCUCCCUCGACUGCAAGCGGCAAAUCUUGCCGAUUGAUCUGCGCAGCGCCGCAUGAGCUCGAACACACCUUUUGAUUUUUACAAAGAACAGCAUUUUGAAUAGAGUGGUGUGCUGUGAUUGGCUAGCUAUGUAGUGACUUGUGAUUGGCCGAAUACCUCAGGUGAUGGAAAGUUACUCCCCUUACCAUAUUUGAAUUAUCAGCUCCCAAUGCACAGUGUCUCCAAGUCAUGGCGGUGACCGCAACAAUACUACAGCGAGAAUAAAGGUUACGCCUUUUUUCUUUGGGUAUAGUAUUGGGCGGUGUUAGGCAAAUCUUCCCACACAGUGAUGUAGUGAGGCGUUUUAGAAAGGCGUGAAUGAGCCUUCACUUUUAGAAAGAAUAUCUCUUUGGGUUUGAGCUUUUGAUCUUUGUAUAUUUAUGCAUCUUUUAUGCACAAACAGCUUUUAACACUCCAGAGACAAAAGAAAACAUUAAAUUGCAUCAUAUGACCCUUUUAAAUGAAACCUAUACACUCUUAUAAAUAAAGGUGUUUAAAAGGCUCCUCAGAAAAAAGUUUCACUACAAAAAACAUUUUGUAAAACAGAAAGGUUUUUUGGAUGUUAAAAGUUUUUUUUAUUUGAAGGCAUCGUGAAACACUUUUAGCAAUACGUUUUUCCUCUGGGAUUAUUUAUUACAUUUCAUUUUUUUGUUACAUUUAUUAUGUUGUGAACAAGAAAGUUAUAUUGGUUUGGAACGACAUGAGGAUGAACCACUUUAAUGCUAUGUCCUAUGUGUUUUCUCUAUAUUUUGCACAAGAGAUAAGUAUGCGUGAUAAAAAUUUUGUAGCAUGUUUGUUAAAGGAUUACUCCGUUUUCUUUAAACAAAUCCAGAUAAUUUACUCCCCCCCAUGUCAUCCAAAAUGUUGAUGUCUUUCUUUGUUCAGUCGAGAAGAAAUUAAGUUUUCAAUUUAAUAGAAUUUAUUGGACCUCAACAGUUUACAGUUUCAAUGCAGUUUAAAAUAGCAGUUUCAAAAACAGCUUCAAAGGGCUUAAAACAAUCCAAAAUGAGGCAAAAUGGUUUAAAAAGGCACUUUUAAACCACAACUUCUCGUCUUGCACCAGCUGUGUGACGCGCCAGCGUGACCUCACGUAAUGUGUAAUCUAGUGUUCGCAAGUGUGGAGAAAGACCGUUCCGACGUUGUUGUAUGAGGAAUGAUACUAAUGUCUUGGUGUCAGUUUAUUGUUUAAAGGAUAAUUCUGGUAUUUAACACUUUGAGUCUCAUUUCUGGUUUGUUUUGGGUGCACUACAGUGAUGGACACAGAAAUUUUG